CAGAUGAAUGUCGGUCGUUCUGGUCCCGGACCUUUAGACGGGAGUUUGUUGACAUUACAGUCUGUGCACAGGUCUCAGGUUGUGUGGGACAACAUAGAGCCACCCCCUGAUUUCAGAUUGAGGACAAACUUUGGGGAGUAUUGGAAGGCAGUUCGAGCCCACAGACCGCAUCAGAUGAUCAUGGAUGCAAUCAGGGAUUUAGGAUUUGAUUGCAUAUUUAGGCUGGGACAGUUCAAGCACGACAGGGGUUUGAUUACAGCCUUUAUCGAGAGAUGGCGUGGAGAGACGCACACCUUCCACCUGCCGUUCGGAGAGGCCACUAUCACUCUUGAGGAUGUUCAUCACAUUCUCGGGUUACCCACUGAGGGUGAUCCACUGAUCCUCCGUGGAGCGAGUAGCAGCGUGGAGGAAAGGCGCGUGCUAGUAGGCGAAUUUCUUGGGCUAUUACCAGAAGCCAAGGACGAUGUUAACCGAGGUGGUUUAAAGAUCAAAUGGCUUGUGGAUAACUUCGGGUCUUGUGAGCGGUUGGAGCAGUUGGAUCCAGAGGAUAUAGGUUAUGGUGUACAGCUUACCUACCAUAUUCGGGCGCACCUACUAUGCGUUAUUGGAUCAUUGUUCCCCCACAGCAGCGGGAACCGCGUGCAGCUUGACCUUCUAUGGUUAAUGAGGGACAUGGACCAGCUGCGUCGGUAUAGCUGGGGUAGUGCUGUUCUUGGCUUCCUAUACCAGAAGCUAUGUUCUUCUAGCAGGGCUUACUGUAUUGAUUUCUGUGGCUACGCCACAUUGGUACAGGUAAUACUAAACCAACCACAACUUUCUUUCUCGUCUUUAUUGUUGCAUUAUUUAUUCAUCAUUUGCACUUGUACUAACCUUGCCGCUAGGUGUGGAUUUACGAGCGCUUUCCGUCACUAG